AAAGUCGAUUCGAUCGGUACCAAAUUCAGUCUCCCAGUACCCACAUCACAUGUGUGGUUCGAUGUUUACCUCGCAUGAUGACCUUCGAUCUUUAUACCAUCCUGCACGAUAAUUUUUUAAUAGCUAGAUAGUUGGUCAGUGAGAAAACCCAUCUUGCAAUGGCCAAAACGGUAACGUGCAUUCAAUCCAUCUCGUUGUUUGCACAGUUACGAAUUCACUUUUUGUCUUUCGUAUUCGGUGGUUGGGUGUUGUGCAAGAGACUGCUGAAAUGGGUUUGGGAUCCGCGUGGGUCUUCGAUGGUGUUGCGGGACACUCCGCCCUCCUUCUUGGUGGAUUCUUCCAUGGGCCAGCACAAACAUGUUAAACUGAAGGGAACAAAACUCCAUUACGUGGAAUCUGGACCAAAAGACCAGCCACUCGUCCUGUUGCUGCAUGGAUUUCCAGACUUUUGGCUGAGCUGGCGCUACCAAAUCCCCAUCCUAUCCGUGAACUUCCAUGUGGUGGCUUUGGACCUGAAGGGCUUCGGGGACUCCGAUAAGCCAGCCUGGAGAAGCAGCUACAAAAUCGACACUAUCCUGAACGAACUCACCCAAUUCGUCCAUUCGCUUGGCGUGAAAAGUUGCAUUGUGAUCGGGCAUGAUUUGGGUGCUCUGUUGGGCUGGUACUUGGUGCACAAGAACCCAAGUGUGGUCAGCAAGUUCGUAGCAGUUUCCUGUCCGCAUCCGAACGUUUUCUGGAUGACUUUCAACUCCACGUACAACUACCAGUGGUUGAACUACGUGCAACUGCCUUAUUUGCCUGAGCUGGACGCUGUUAAGGAGGACGUGAAGAUCAUCAACGAAUACUACAAGCACCUGCCGGCUAAAGAUGUGCAUUUGGACGCGUAUAAGUACACAUUUUCCAGGAAAGAGGACUGGACAGGGCCGAUUAAUUACUACCGAAACCUGACGCUGUUUAAAGUCAGCGAGCAUCUGGACCAGAUAGAAGUUCCAGUGAUUUUGGUGACUGGAGGUAAGGACCAGUUCGUUUCAUUGGAGGGAAUCAUCAAAUCAACGGAAUUCUGCGAGUUCUUCCGGCUCAAAGUAAUUGAGGAUUGCGGCCACUUUCCCCAGCAGGAAAACCCGGAGAUUUUCAACGAUGUGCUGUUGAAAUAUUUAGUGGAUAGGAGUGCGGUACCGAAAGACGAUUCUGCUCGUUCCACGUCGAAGCGACUCAUUAAUGGACUGUUUGGGGCCGUUUCCAAUACUGUGAAGUAUGGAAACUCGGUGCUUGGAACUGUUCAGAAGAAAACCAACGGCGUAGUGAACAGUAUACCGUUUUCCCUCACUAAUCGAAUUCCUGAUGCUGCUCGAAAUUAAGACUGAACCAUUCUGUCGACGGUUUGUUAUUUUUGUUUUAAGGAUUUUUAUAUGCUCACUUGUUUUAGUGAUCGCUGAUGGUCUACUUAUUGUGUGUUUUAUUUAUUUUUAAUAAAAAACCUUUCCAAAGAG